AUGGAGGCGGAGUUGGGGAACGCGGACGCCUUUGGUACACCAAAGCAGCACCAGGUCUACGCGCGUGUGCGGCGACCAGACCGCGUGCAGUUGGAUGGGCUUGCAGACAUCGAGGAUGGCCUGCGCAGGUUUGAUCGUCGAUUGCAGCGAGAGCAACGAAAGCAGGACACGGACAACAACGACAACGACAAUGAUGAUGAUGAUGAUGACGAUGAGAACGAUGGGCGAGAAGGGUUUGUCGAAGUGGCCCGGCCAUUACCGCCAGAGUUUUACGCCGAAGCGACGUCGUGCAAGGAGCAUGUCCGAGCCAUUCUCGUUGCGGAUCCGCCGCGCGUCACCAUGCAGCCGCGAUCCAUGCACGCGAAACGCGCCAUGUUGGAGGAGGCCUGCAAGCUGCGGCACCCUGCCAUUUGCGUGCAGAUUGUGAAGUGGCUCUACUCCAGCCUGAACUCCAACACAUUUGUCAAGCUCAUGGCGUCCUACCCGUGGGCCAUCACACAGUUCCUGAAUCACCUGCGAAGACGACAGGACAUGGACACCUUCACACUCGUGUCAAGGUUAAUGGAGCGAGGGUCACAUGCAGGCGAGCUGCAGCUGGCUCAAGCGUUAGCAGAGCCAAUGGACAUGCGAUCCCACCGCAAGUUGGAGCUGCUGCUGCUGACGGAGCCGCCUGGCAGCCCCAUUGAGGAGCAUGUUGUCUAUAUCCAGGACCUGUGUGCACGAGUGACGUGUGGUGCUCAGGCCCUCUCCGACGAGAGCGCCGCGCUGACGCUGAACGCAUGCACGCCCGCGCUCAUACAUUACCGCGUGCCGACGGAGACGGCGGUGGUCGACAUCAACGCCAACGUUCUCAUUACCACGUGGUCGCGUGCAAUUGGACUGCUUGACCAGCAGCUUCCAGAGCAUCUCGACGCCUUGCUUGCCGAGCUCAACACCGCCUCCUUCCCGCUCCUCAAUCGCAUGCACGCGUACCUCGCGCGCCGCUGUCGCCUUCAUCGAAAGCCCGUCAAGGAUGCUGUGCUGCAAGUGCUGAUACACCGCACCACGUGUCUCCAGCCAACCGCCCUUGCCUUCCAGGCACUGGCCGUGCUGGGCGCAGACAGGGAGGCGCUGGCUGUGAUUGCGCAAUUGGGGGAACACGCCCAGUUUGACGAGCUUGCAAGCAUCAACCACGCCAUUGCGCUCUGGAGUGUCAACGGCAACAGCACAGAGGCGCGCGUGCUUCUUCACGCACACGCGCACCGAUCGCAGUACCGCGACGCAAUCACGACUGCACUCGAACAGGUGCCCCUCAUGCGCACGCUGGUGCAGGCCGUGUACGACACCACGAAGCAGUUCAGCCAUCCUGGCGGCUGGAUGCGACGGCGGAGGCAGCACGCCGCGCUCUCGUCAUCGCCGUCACCUGACAGGGCGGGCUCGGCAAACCACCAACCAUCACCAGCGUCAUCAUCAUCGCCGUUGUCAUCCGCAGCUUUGCAUGAUGGCAUCAGGGCCAUUAUGAGGCCGUCUGUCACGAACGCGGGAAAUUACUUCUCGCAACUGCUCUUCUCGCUUGGGGACGCAGUAGGUCGGCCGGCAUGA